CUUUUCUUCGGGAUGUAUAAAAGUAAGGUAAUUACAUUUUCCUUUUCUUUUUUAAGGAAAAAAUAGAAAAGUAGCAUAUAUAUAUAUAUAUAUAUAUUUGGUCUGUACUGGCGUUCUCGUCCAAACCGAUAUAAGGCAGCAAAGGAAAAGCCAGAGGGAGAGGCAGAGGAAAGAUAUAUCGAGAGACUUCAUAGACGGAGAGUGUGAGAGUGUGCGUCUAUUUAUACAGUUUAUACUGUUUCUCGUUUCCCGCUCACUUGAGGCCUCACGAAAACCCAAUUUGUCAUCAACCUCAGAGACUGGAGACGGAGAAGAAAAAGAUAAUAUAUGGAGGGCGGCGCAGGAAGAGGUUUGGAAUGCCAGAAGACUAUGGAUGGGAAGGCGAGUAACGGGAAUGGUUCAGAGAAGGCCAUCCCUUCUUGUUGCUUGAAGGCUAGGGCUUCUGCCCCUGAGGCUGAGGCGAAAUGUCAUUCUACUGUUGUUUCUGGGUGGUUCUCAGAAUCCCAGUCUCGCUCUGAGAAGGCUAGUAAGAAGGUUUAUUUCAACAACCCAAUGUGGCCUGGUGAAGCUCAUUCACUGAAAGUAGAAAAGAUUCUGUACAAGGGAAAAUCAGAGUUCCAAGAGAUUUUGGUUUUUGAGUCCUCAACAUAUGGAAAAGUGCUUGUUCUUGAUGGCAUUAUCCAGCUGAGUGAGAAAGAUGAAUGUGCAUACCAGGAGAUGAUAGCUCAUCUACCUCUUUGUUCAAUUCCUUCCCCCAAGACAGUUCUGGUUGUUGGUGGUGGUGAUGGUGGGGUUCUUAGGGAGGUUUCUCGCCAUCCUUCUGUUGAGCAUAUUGACAUAUGCGAGAUAGAUAAGAUGGUUGUAGAUGUUUCUAAGAAGUUUUUCCCUCAGUUAGCUGUUGGAUUUCAGGACCCUCGUGUCCACCUUCAUAUUGGUGAUGCUACUGAAUUCCUGAGGCAUGCACCUAAAGGGAAGUAUGAUGCUGUAAUUGUUGAUUCGUCAGACCCUGUAGGUCCUGCUCAAGAGCUUGUAGAGAAACCAUUUUUUGAGACAAUAGCUAGGGCAUUAAGGCCUGGUGGUGUUCUCUGUAACAUGGCAGAGAGUAUGUGGCUCCAUACGCAUCUUAUUCAAGAUAUGAUCUCUGUUUGUCGUGAAACAUUCAAGGGAUCUGUCAAUUAUGCAUGGGCGAGUGUUCCUACGUAUCCAAGUGGUGUGAUAGGCUUUCUGUUGUGCUCAACGGAGGGGCCUCCUGUUGAUUUCAAAAAUCCAGUCAAUUCCAUUGAGAAGUUAGAAGGAGCUCUCAAACAUAAGAGAGAGCUUAGGUUUUAUAACUCCGAGAUGCACUCAGCUGCCUUUGCCUUGCCUCCUUUCUUGAGGAGGGAGGUGAGCGCUCUAUGCCAUUCUUCAACCUCAACCCUGCCAAGAUGAAUCGGCUGAGGAGUAGUUAUUAGUAGCAGCAUCCGUUGCUUCAGUUUCCUGAUAGUCAAAGUGGGUACAUGGAAGAAAUAGAAGCUAGGUUAAUUAUUACAUUUUUAGUUAAGUGUAGAUGAGAUGGGGGUUCAUGAACUCUCUGCCUUUAGAGGCACAUUUGGUCGGAUU